GGAAGAGCAGCAGGACAAUCUCAGGAGAUAAUGAAAGACGAGCAGAGCUGCUAGAAGACGACAAGAACAAGAAGAUUGUCCGAGGAACAAAAUAUAAUUUAAAUAAAAAAGAAAAGAAAAGGUUCGCGGAGGUUCGGAUGGUGUGCACGAGAUGCCCAGGACGCGCAGCAGCAGCAGCCGUGGACGCGCACCGAGAGGCGCGCAGUGACGGCACAGAGAAGGGUCCGGCGGGAAGGAAGUGUCAGCUGGUCCAAUCGGCGCCGAGGAAGUACUUAAGGCGGCGACAUCAUUAAUUGGACGGCGGCUGAUCAAUCGAUUGAUCGAUACCUGGACGCUGCGGGAUGGACGGGAGUCUGGGAGAGAUGUCGGCCCACGCUCACUCCGACCUCUCGGCCGCCUUCCCCCGGCCCCACCUGGGCGGCCCCCAGCUGGAGCCCGAGCACCGGGCGCCCGCCUUCGAGCACUCCAUGUCGGCGCUGGGCUACAGCGGCGACUCGCCGUCGGGGUCCGGCAGCACGUACACCACGCUGACCCCCCUGCAGCCCUUCGACGACAAGUUCCACCACCACCACCACCACCACCACCCCUGCCUGCCCGUCAGCAACGUCAUCGGCAGCUUCACGCUCAUGCGGGAGGAGCGAGGGGGUCUGGGCGCCAACUUCUACAACCCCUACGGCAAAGACCUCGCCAUGGCCCAGAGCCUGACGCCGCCCUCCGCCGCCCCGGGCCUGGGCUCGCCCAUGCACGGCUACGGAGGCCUGGCCACCAGUUCCAAUGGCGGCGGCGGCGGCGGGCAGAUGCUCCACGGCGGCUACGACGUCCACGGGGGAAGCCUCUUCUGCAGGACGUCCGACUUCGGCCGCGAGAUGUCCCCGCCGGGCCUGGGCGGCGCCGACAUGUCUGUGGGCCACCAGCUGAACAAGAUGGACGGCCAGCAGCACACGGUGGGCCACCACCCUCACAUCUACAGCCAACACUACCAGGCCCACCACCACAGCCAGCAGGCCUCCAAGAUGGCCGACCACCUGCACUCGCUCUCCUCCGCCGCGUCCUCGCCGGGCGACAUGGCCGGGUCCCAGGGCGGCGGCGGCGAGGAGAUCAACACGCGCGACGUGGCCCAAAGGAUCAUCACGGAGCUGAAGAGGUACAGCAUCCCGCAGGCCAUCUUCGCCGAGCGCGUCCUGUGUCGCUCGCAAGGAACGCUCUCCGACCUCCUGAGGAACCCAAAACCUUGGGCCAAGCUCAAGUCGGGCCGGGAGACCUUCAAGAGGAUGUCCCGCUGGCUGCAGGAGCCCGAAUUCCAGAGGAUGGCUUCGCUACGCCUGGAGGCCUGCAAGCGGAAGGAGCAGGAACAGAGCAAGCUGGAGCGGAACCAGGGCCCCAAGCGCACCCGGCUGGUGUUUACCGACCUCCAGCGCCGCACGCUCAUGGCCAUCUUCCGGGAGAACCACCGGCCCACCAAGGACCUGCAGGUGACCAUCUCUCAGCAGCUGGGCCUGGAGCUGUCCACCGUCAGCAACUUCUUCAUGAACGCCCGCCGCCGCAACCUCAACAAGUGGGCCGACGAGGGCCGCCCCUCCUCCACGGGGUCCUCGGGCUCCAGCGCCUCGUCCUCGGCGGUGUCCUGCAGCACGGCGUGAUGGCGGGCGGGGACAGGGGGGGGCGGCGGACGGGUCUGAGGCGGAGACCGGCCCGUAUGUACGUCCUCUGGGCGGCCGCAGGGACGGACGCAGCCGGGAUCGGAGAUUUUAACCAAAGUGGACGGCGCCCUCCGAGUGGGAGGGGCCAGAGUGAUACAAGGGCGGGGCGGGAGGUCCCGCUAUGUACAGUCCUUUCAUGAGGCCAUCUUGUUUCGUAGAGUAGAGAGGCUGAAGGUUCGGCCAAUCAGGAGCAAGCAUACUUUGGUGCGCCUUCAAGUCCUCGGCGCUCCUGAUUAAUCAGGAGGAGCCAUUUGCUCACAUGUGAUGAGCGACUUCCUCAAUCAAACGCCGUCGUCCAAAGACCCCCCCCCCCCUCUCCUCCCCCCUUUUUGGUAGCGUCCUGUCUUUCCUCGAGAAUCAAGAAGGAAGAGGAAGACCAGGGCGGCUUUUGGUUUUUCGCCAUCUCCUUUUUUUAACGCAUGCGUUUCCAUGGCGAUGGAGCGUCUCCGACUCGCAGCUGUCAAUCAAUCUUUUCAGGAGCACCCCCCCUCCCUCCCCCCUCCCCGGCCAUGAAUGAAUCACAGCGGCCAAGACGGAACUCCUUCGCGGGUCCGAACCGAAAAGAAAAUCCAAAGAUCUCAGCUCUUUAAGGGGGAGGUGCUAUGAGAAGGGGGAGGAGCUCCACUAGACUAGACGGACUCGUUUUGUUGUCCUUACUCUCUAAAUGUUGUUGUUUUUUUACAGGAAAAGGAAUGUGAUGUUUUUGUACAGAUGUCAAGCACACAGCAGGAUUCCUAGCGACACGGUGGCGCUGCGGGGCGGCUUUUGUUCCGAGCCCCGCCGAGGUACAACGUCAUUGUUUUUUUGGUCCACAAAGGAACGGCUUUGACACGCCUCCUUAUAGCCAAAAGCUCACUGGGGUGAUCAAUACUAUUUAUAACUCUUUGACUAUUUAUUGUUUUUUAAUUAAUUUAUUGACUUAGCUAUUUAUUGAUUUCUGUAUUUAUUUUUUUCUGAUGGGCACUUUUAGCUGUAGACUCCCAUCGUAAUACCAAAGAUGAACGUUGCUUCCUUGAAUGUAUCGAAGCCCCGCCCCCUCCCCUCCCCGUGAUGUUACAGGCCUGCUCCUCUUUCUUUGCGCCAAAGCUUGUCUGAAUGUUGUGAUAUUAACGAGUAACAUGCAUUAAUAAUGCUAAUGAACUAUAAUAAUAUUAUGAAUAAUAAUAAUUUGAAGGCCGAGCUUCAAGGUCACAUGCUUGUGUCCCUGGGUGGUCGUGACAGUACCCCCCUCCCGUGUCCGUCGCCUUGUCGAGUCUUUUGCCAGUGGUCUCAGUUCCAAGAGGGUCCCUUGAUGGAGAUGAUCACUUCCUCCUUUUUGUGGCCCCAAACAAGAUUUAGGUUGAUUUUAUAAGUUGCUAAUCUAAUUAAACCGUUUGAGGCCGCAAAAAAUGUCAAACUGACUUGAACAUAGUCAGAACUUCUCUGAUAAGAACCCCCCCCCCACACACACACACACAACCGCGUGAAACAGGGGUGUCCAAACCUUUUCCCAAUACAAUCGAAGGAUGCGGGGGUCACUUUGAUACAUUUUGUGCAUUGCAGAUGCUAAAAGCAAACCAGCCCAGCAGGCAUAAGACAUUGAAACAACGUUGAGAACUGGUUGAAUUAAGAUCUGACGGUGAGCAACACAAACACAACGUUGAAAUAACAUGCUUUUUGACGACGUCUAUUCAAUGUCAGGUUGUGACGUUGAUUUGACCUUUGAAUUUUGGUCAGUUCCCGACCAACAACGUGGAUCCAACAUUGGACGUCAACGUUGUCUCACUUUACCAAAACAACUAUUUUGCAAGGUUGUUUCAAAGUCAGUUCUAAAGGACAUGUGCGUGUAAUCAAUGUGGUAUCAAUGUCUUGUGCCUGCUGGGAAGUGUGUUAUAGGUGCCAAAGAAAUGAGUGUUAUCCAAUAACUGUGGCUGUCAAAAAUAACGAGUCAACUCAUGCGAUUAACCACAAAAUUAUUGCAUUAAUCACGUAAAUACGCAGAUUAAUCACAAUUUGUUUUGCUAUUUUAACAAUACAUUUGCAUUCGUGACCAGGUAUUAUUAUUUUUUUUAAUUUAAUUAAAAUCAUGCAAGCGGGUUUUUGCGACUGGUAAUACUUGUGAUUAAAUCAUGAUUAAUCCAAAUUUAAGUGUGAUGAAUCUGAUUUUCAAAAUGUAUCGUUUGACAGCAUUGCUAAUAACAUCUCGGUAACAAAGAAUUCAUUUAAUUUUUACGAUGUGCCGAGGGCUAAUAAAAAAACGAGCUGCGUGCCGCACUUUGGACACCCCUGGCUUAGAGUGUCAAUGCCAGAACUCGUGUUUCGUCCUCCAGGAAGAUCCCCAUUUUCUUGUCCAGACUUCUCCACCGGGGGGCGCUCCAGCCACGCUUAAAAGACUUCCAAAGACUGAUCGUCUUCCAGUUUUUUCCCCUGUUCUCCGUGGACAGACCUUCACACAUAGAUGGGGGGAGAGGGGAGUGGGCGCUUUAGGGAGUCUUCUAUGGAAGUAUUAUUGUAGCAAAACUAUUUGCAAUCUGUGCGUCUGUAAUCCGAUUCACAUGUCUGUGUACUAAUUCAUGUGUCUGUAUUUCAAUCUGUGUGUUUUUAAUUUGUGUGUCUGUAUCUCAAUCUGUGUUUUUAAUUUGUGUGUCUGUAUUUCAAUCUGUGUGUUUUUAAUUUGUGUGUCUGUAUAUCAAUCUGUGUGCUUUUCAUUUGUGUGUCUGUAUUUCAAUCUGUGUGUUUUUAAUUUGUGUGUCUGUAUCUCAAUCUUUGUGCUUUUAAUUUGGGUGUCUGUAUCUCAAUCUGUGUGUUUUUAAUUUGUGUGUCUGUAUUUCAAUCUGUGUGUUUUUAAUUUGUGUGUCUGUAUCUCAAUCUGUGUGCUUUUAAUUUGUGUGUCUGUAUCUCAAUCUGUGAGCUUUUAAUUUGCGUGUCUGUAUUUCAAUCUGUGUGCUUUUAAUUUGUGUGUCUGUAUUUCAAUCUGUGUGUUUUUAAUUUGUGUGUCUGUAUCUCAAUCUGUGUGCUUUUAAUUUGUGUGUCUGUUUUUCAAUCUGUGUUUUUAAUUUGUGUGUCUGUAUUUCAAUCUGUGUGCUUUUAAUUUGUGUGUCUGUAUUUCAAUCUGUGUGCUUUUAGUUUGUGUGUGUGUAUCUCAAUCUGUGUGCGUGUUUUAAUUUUUGUGUCUGCAUCUCAAUCUGUGUGCUUUUUGUGUGUCUGUAUCUCAAUUUGUGUGCGUGUUUUCAUUUGUGUGUCUGUAUUUCAAUCUGUAUGCUUUUAAUUUGUGUGUCUGUAUCUCAAUCUGUGUGCGUGUUUUAAUUUUUGUGUCUGCAUCUCAAUCUGUGUGCUUUUUAUUUGUAUGCCUGUAUCUCAAUUUGUGUGCGUGUUUUAAUUUGUGUGUCUGUAUCUCAAUCUGUGUGCUUUUAAUUUGUGUGUCUGUAUCUCAAUCUGUGUGCUUUUAAUUUGUGGGUCUGUAUCUCAAUCUGUGUAUGUGUUUUAAUUUGUGUCUGUAUCUCAAUCUGUGUGUAUGUUUUAAUUUGUGUGCUUUUGAUUUGUGUCUGUAUCUCAAGCUGUGUGUUUUUAAUUUGUGUGUCUGUAUCUCAAUCUGUGUGCUUUUAAUUUGUGUGUCUAUCUCAAUCUGUGUGCUUUUAAUUUGUGUGUCUGUUUUUCAAUCUGUGUGUUUUUAAUUUGUGUGUCUGUAUUUCAAUCUGUGUGCUUUUAAUUUGUGUGUCUGUAUUUCAAUCUGUGUGCUUUUAGUUUGUGUGUGUGUAUCUCAAUCUGUGUGCGUGUUUAAAUUUUUGUGUCUGCAUCUCAAUCUGUGUGCUUUUUGUGUGUCUGUAUCUCAAUUUGUGUGCGUGUUUUCAUUUGUGUGUCUGUAUUUCAAUCUGUAUGCUUUUAAUUUGUGUGUCUGUAUCUCAAUCUGUGUGCGUGUUUUAAUUUUUGUGUCUGCAUCUCAAUCUGUGUGCUUUUUAUUUGUAUGCCUGUAUCUCAAUUUGUGUGCGUGUUUUAAUUUGUGUGUCUGUAUCUCAAUCUGUGUGCUUUUAAUUUGUGUGUCUGUAUCUCAAUCUGUGUGCUUUUAAUUUGUGGGUCUGUAUCUCAAUCUGUGUAUGUGUUUUAAUUUGUGUCUGUAUCUCAAUCUGUGUGUAUGUUUUAAUUUGUGUGCUUUUAAUUUGUGUCUGUAUCUCAAGCUGUGUGUUUUUAAUUUGUGUGUCUGUAUCUCAAUCUGUGUGCUUUUAAUUUGUGUGUCUAUCUCAAUCUGUGUGCUUUUAAUUUGUGUGUCUGUAUCUCAAUCUGUGUGUGUGUUUUAAUUUGUGUCUGUAUCUCAAUCUGUGUGUAUGUUUUCAUUUGUGUGUCUGUAUCUCAAUCUGUGUGCAUAUUUUAAUUUGUGUGCUUUUAAUUCAUGUGUCUGUAUCUCAAUUUGUUUGCAUGUUUUAAUUUGUGUGUCUGCAUCUCAAUCUGUGUGCUUUUAAUUUGUGUGUCUGUAUCUCAGUCUGUGUGCUUUUAAUUUGUGUGUCUGCAUCUCAAUCUGUGUGCUUUUAAAUUGUGUGUCUGUAUCUCAGUCUGUGUGCUUUUAAUUUGUGUGUCUGUAUCUCAAUCUGUGUGCGUGUUUUGUGUGUUCAUACUUUGAUCUGUGUUUGUGUGUGUGUAAAAAAUAAUGUGUGUGUCUGUGUGAUCAGAUUUGUGUGAUGCGGGACUCUGAUUGGCUGUCUUUUUACACUGUAUUGCAGGAUUUGUGCGUCCGUGGAGCGAUCUGAACGUGUAAAAAUAAUUGUUUGUCCGCAAACGUCACCUUUCCUUUCUCCACACUCGUCACUAGUUGGCGCCACGCACCCACUCAUGCAAGUUGUUUUUUUUACACACACACAUAUUGAGAUACAGUCACACAAAGUAGUAAAUCAUAUUACAGAGGCACAGAUUGACAUCAUAGUUUUGCUACAAUAAUGCUUCCAUUGUC